UUUUCCCUUUCCAUUGGUCCAUCACCAAACAGUAAAAGAAAGUUACUGUAGAGAAAUUAACAGAGCAUCACGUGGUAAGAGUUACAACUCCAUUUCCUUUCCUUUCCCCCUCAAGUUGCCUCUCUGCAUCUCUUUCUAUAUAUACACACAGUCACGCACUAUAUGCAUUUCUCUUUCUAUAACCUCCCAGAAGCCUCUUUUUACUUUUAUACACGGAAAGAAUAGCAGUGCAGAGAGAGAGAGUGAGAGAGAGUGGUGAGCUAUACAUAAAUAUAACUGCUGUAUGUCAGCAAGUUGUUCCAGGCAUUACUACGGUGGAUUUGGUGAGCUUGCGAACCCCUUACAAUGGCCUCAAUUAAGAAAACGCCGUCGUUUUCAAGUUCCGAUGACUCUCCCGUCGUUUCUCGCCGCGCUGAAGUUGCGCCGGAGUGGAUUGUUUCGUCCUCCGAUGAUCGCCCGAUCAAAGCUUCCGCCAUUGCUUCCUUGAUUCGUCCUGAUUCUUCCGCUAGUUCUACUGCUUCUACUAAAGGAAUCCAGAUAAUGCUAAGGGCUCAAAGUAGCCAUCCUUUAGACCCUUUAUCUUCAGCUGAGAUCUCAGUGGCCGUAGCAACUGUCAGAGCAGCUGGAGCUACUCCUGAGGUCAGAGAUGGCAUGCGGUUUGUUGAGGUUGUUCUGUCAGAACCAAGUAAAAAUAUUGUUGCAUUGGCAGAUGCGUACUUCUUCCCUCCCUUUCAACCCUCAUUGCUGCCGAGAACUAAAGGUGGAGCUGUAAUUCCUAGUAAACUACCUCCAAGGCGAGCCAGACUUGUGGUUUACAACAAGAAGUCAAAUGAAACAAGCAUAUGGAUAGUAGAACUGUCAGAAGUACAUGCAGCAACUAGAGGUGGACAUCACAGGGGGAAAGUGAUUUCCUCACAAGUUGUUCCUGAUGUACAGCCACCAAUGGAUGCCAUGGAAUAUGCUGAGUGUGAAGCAGUUGUAAAAGAGUAUCCUCCUUUCCGUGAAGCUAUGAAGAAGCGUGGUAUUGAGGAUAUGGAUCUUGUGAUGGUGGAUGCUUGGUGUGUUGGUUACUAUAGUGACACUGAUGCUCCUAACCGUAGACUCGCUAAGCCGCUUAUUUUCUGUAGAACAGAAAGCGAUUGUCCAAUGGAAAAUGGUUAUGCACGCCCAGUUGAAGGCAUAUAUCUACUUGUUGAUAUGCAGAACAUGGUUGUGAUAGAAUUUGAAGAUCGUAAACUUGUCCCAUUACCUCCAGCUGAUCCAUUAAGAAACUAUACUCCUGGUGAAACAAGGGGAGGGGUUGAUCGAAGUGAUGUAAAGCCAUUACAGAUUGUUCAGCCUGAGGGUCCAAGCUUUCGAGUUAGUGGACACUAUGUAGAAUGGCAAAAGUGGAAUUUCCGAAUUGGUUUCACUCCAAGGGAAGGCCUGGUUAUACACUCUAUUGCAUACGUUGAUGGUAGUAGAGGCCGAAGACCCAUAGCUCAUAGAUUAAGUUUUGUUGAGAUGGUUGUCCCCUAUGGAGAUCCAAAUGACCCCCAUUACAGGAAAAAUGCAUUUGAUGCUGGGGAAGAUGGCCUUGGAAAGAAUGCUCACUCUCUUAAGAAGGGAUGUGAUUGUCUGGGCUAUAUUAAGUACUUCGAUGCACAUUUUACAAAUUUCACCGGGGGCGUUGAAACAAUAGAAAAUUGUGUAUGUCUUCAUGAAGAGGAUCAUGGGAUUCUCUGGAAGCACCAGGAUUGGAGAACAGGCUUAGCAGAAGUGCGAAGAUCUAGGCGACUCACAGUUUCUUUUAUAUGUACUGUGGCUAAUUACGAAUAUGGUUUUUACUGGCACUUCUAUCAGGAUGGAAAAAUUGAGGCUGAAGUGAAACUUACUGGCAUCCUCAGCUUAGGAGCAUUGCAGCCUGGAGAGUCUCGAAAAUAUGGUACAACAAUUGCACCAGGACUGUAUGCACCUGUUCAUCAACAUUUCUUUAUAGCUCGUAUGGAUAUGGCUGUUGAUUGCAAGCCUGGGGAAGCAUACAAUCAGGUUGUUGAGGUUGAUGUCAAAGUCGAAGAACCCGGGAACGACAAUGUACAUAACAAUGCAUUCUACACUGAAGAAACGUUACUAAAAUCUGAAUUGCAAGCGAUGCGUGAUUGUAACUUUCCAGCUGCCCGUCAUUGGAUUGUUAGAAACACAAGAACAGUGAAUAGGACGGGACAGCUGACAGGCUACAAGCUGGUACCUGGUUCCAACUGUCUGCCUUUGGCUGGUCCGGAGGCCAAGUUUUUGAGAAGAGCUAGUUUCUUGAAGCACAAUCUCUGGGUUACACCCUAUGCACAGGAUGAGAAUUUUCCAGGAGGAGAGUUUCCUAACCAGAAUCCACGAGUUGGUGAAGGUUUAGCUUCAUGGGUUAAGCAGGACAGGUCCCUAGAGGAAACAAAUAUAGUUCUUUGGUAUGUUUUUGGUAUAACACAUGUUCCUCGUUUGGAAGAUUGGCCUGUCAUGCCUGUAGAACGCAUCGGUUUUAUGCUCCAGCCACAUGGAUUCUUCAACUGCUCACCUGCUGUAGACGUCCCGCCCAAUGCCUGCGAGCUGGACGUGAAAGACGGUGAUCCCAAAGAAAGCGGAGACACCAAAUCAGUCUCAGACGGGCUAAUGGCUAAGCUCUGAUGCCUUCCAUCACCACAUCUGCGUUUUCCCCACUCCUAUUCUUUCUAAAGACAUCUCUAAAUAGUUGUAUGAAACAAGGUUAAUCAGCAAUUACGUCCUCGCCGUCAACUUCCCUUGACGCUUUUGUACAUUAACUUUUGACGUUGAUUGAUAACUCUUUUUUUCUGAACACCACAUGUCUUCAUUUCUUA